GCGAAAGAUUCAAUGAUGAUGUCGAGAAAUAUCAUAUCAUACGAGGCAGUAGGGGUAGCAGGAGAUAUGUAAAAUGCGAGUGGACAUACUAGGCUUAGAUGCUGAUGUAUGCGCAGUAAUGUUGGGAAAAGCCUCACGGCGGCUACCCAAUAACACCGCCAGCAACCUCCAUGGCCGCCAACUUCUCUUCUCCUCCACUCCAACGAGGCCAGAAGGGACCAAGGAAGAAGAGAAAAGGAUUCGGCGAGGGGGAAGUAGAAGAUCAAACGAAAUAAAGAAGAAGACCAGGGAGGUUCCAGAGAGCGGGCGACGGGGGGGGUUGCUCAUUUAAAUCCCUUCUGCACAAGCCCUAAAUAACGACACCCCCGUCAUUAACUAAUUUUUUCUUUCCUCUCCAACUCUCGAACUGACUAUUUAACUGUCUCCCUGUCUCCCUGUCUCCCUGUCUGCAGUCUGCAGAUUCCCACAUUCUCAUCACAUCAAGUGCUGUACUUUUUGCCUUUGUUUGUUCUCGUUGUCGACGUUUUGAACCUGCGGCGAGGCUGCAAUUGCUUGAUUGGUCCACGUUGGGAUCUUGAUGCCGCUUGGUGGAGAAACGAAAAUACAAGUUGCUGGGAACAGCGCGAGGCAAAGAAAGAAACAGACACACAGACAAACGAAAAUAAUACCACUGACACGACCAGGGGAAGACGUGGGAAAUCCGCCUCAGCCUCCCUCGCCUCGACCUCAGCCUUUUGCCCUGGCUGGCGUAUUAAAAUAACAUAUUCUGACAAAACUGGAACAUUCUCUUUUUGACUUUGAGCCUUACCCACGCACAUCCCCGCGUCGUUGGGCGCCGACAUCCUGUCUUCCUUUAUUUUCUAAUCCCCAUCUAUUGCAUUCUGGCCCAAAAUGAGGCAUUCGCUGGCAAGCUUGCUAUUCGUCCUCUCCGCCUUGCUGGUUCUGGUGGCUGCAUGGUCCAAAGAAGAUCAUGAGAUCUUCCGCUUGCGAGAUGAGGUGCAGCAGACUGAAGGCUUCAAUGUUACCUUCUACGAUUUCCUCGGCGUAAAACCCACCGUCUCCCAAUCCGACCUGCUCAAAGCCUUCCGCAAAAAAUCCAAACAACUCCACCCAGACAAAGCCAAGCGCACCUUCGUUGCCACCUACACGACCAACCAGCUCAAGAAACCCGGUGUACACGCCUCCAAGGGCCCCUCCCAGCGCGAAAUUACGCAAGCUGUCAAGCUUGCUACAGAACGUUAUGCCCGCCUAGGCGUCGUCCAUAACAUCCUCAAGGGGCCCGAACGAGACCGCUACGACCAUUUUCUGCGCAAUGGGUUCCCCAAGUGGAAGGGGACGGGCUACUACUAUUCCCGCUUCAGACCUGGGCUAGGAAGCGUGCUCUUUGGCCUCUUUGUGGUAUUUGGCGGUGCGGGACAUUAUGGCGCGCUGGUGCUGAGCUGGAAGAGGCAGCGGGAGUUUGUCGAUCGGUAUAUUCGACAUGCGCGACGCGCGGCGUGGGGAGACGAGCUGGGCAUUAAGGGCCUUUCGGGCCUAGGCCAGCUGAACGGAGGCGCUGGGUCCAGCUCGGGAUCGGGCGCGGAUACGGGCGAAGGUGCUAUGGCUAUGAAUCGUAGGCAGAAGCGGAUGAUGGAUAAGGAGAAUCGGAAGGAGGGGAAGAAGAAGGGCCGCUCAUCUGGCACCGCGUCACCCAGCGGCGAGACUAGUGUGAUUGGCUCCAGCGGCGAUAGAAAGCGCGUUAUGGCAGAGAACGGCAAGAUUCUUAUCGUGGACGCUGGCGGGAAUGUGUUUUUGGAAGAAGAGAAUGAGGAUGGGGUGAAAGAGGAGUUUUUGUUGGAUGUCGAGGAGAUUCCGCGGCCUAGGGUGCAGGAUACGUUCGCCGUGAAGCUGCCACUGUGGGCUUACAGGAAGAGCGUGGGGAGGUUUGUGGGUGCCACUGGGGAUCAUUCAGCGGCCGACGAUGGUAAUGCUGCUGCUGGUAGUGGAGAAGCGGAAGCAGUGGAUACUGAUGUCGAUGAGUCUGUGGCUGUGGGGAUUAAGAAGAGAUCCAACAAUGCGGCGUCGAGGCGAAGAGGUAAGAGGGGUUGAUUCGAUUUGAUUUUUGGUGCCGGUGUCAAUGUCAAUUCUUUCUUUCUCGAUCUGAUUUUGAUUUCAAUCUUAUUUCGAUGGAUUUACGGCAAUCGACUGAGCUGUAUUAUAAUUUACUCCUGCUGUUAAUCUACCGACUCCAUUCUUGUACUGUACUAUCUAAAAUAUACUAUUAAGUACAUCCCAUAUUUCAUUUCUUACACUUUGGCAUCUCAUUAGACCAGCCAUCAAUUUUAUUCCUCGGCCUGUCGUUCUCUAUUAGCAAGCCCACCCCCUCCCCCCAAUGCAAGAACCAUUCACUGCUUAUUCACAUAUGUACUUAGAUAGGCCUGAAUGCAUUUAUGCAAUAUACUUUCCGAAUAGACUCACUUUGGUGAGAGUCAAGCGGCUGCGAGCAGGAGAGUUACAGGUCCCGGGUGCAAGUUACGGGUAAACCUGCACCAGCUAUUAUUACUAGAUGUAAAUACGUACGGAACGCAUUUUUCUACUCCAGCUACCUGUAACUACAUUUGUGUCAUAGUCUUGAAGCAAGCCAUAGUUUAGUCUACGAGUUAGGCAGAUUAAAGCGGCUUUGUAUGAAUAGAUACAGUAGCUUAGAUUUUAA